AUGAACAAAGAUCUUUUAUACAAUCAGUUUAAUCAUUUAAAAUCUAAAUUUAUCCAACUUACGCACAAGUUUGGUGGUGUUGAUAAACUAGUUCAAGAAUUUAUUUCAUCAAAUUUCCAUUUAUACAAACAAGAUGGAACAAUGUCGCAUGAUGAAGUUAAAUUAUGUAGUGAUGAUCAAUGUGACGUUGAAACUGAAUUCGGUAGUGAUGAUGACGACAAUAUUCGACAUCAUAAAAAUCUCAGAAAAAAUCUACACAUAAGAUGUGACUAUUUAUGGGCUUAUCUUCUUCAUGGUGAACACGUUCCUGAUUUUAAAAAAUUAGUUCAAUAUGUUUUUUUCUAUAUCAGCAUCUAA